AUGCCCGCAUCCUCCACCUCCUGCCGGCCGCAUCCUCCCACCCAGGGGAGCUCGCGCCGGAGCUUCGUCCGCCCAUCGCCGGAGGUCCGCUCGCCCAAGGGAGCUCACGCUGGAGCUCCGCCCGCCCAUCACCGGAGCUCCCCCUGCCAAGGGGAGCCCGCGCCGGAGAUCCGCCAAGGGGAGCCCAUCGCCGGAGAUCCGCCAAGGGGAGCCCAUCGCCGGAGAUCCGCCCGCCCAAGGGAGCUCGCGCCGGAGCUCUGCCCGCCCAUCACCGGAGCUCCCCCCGCCAAGGGUGGCCCGCGUUGGAGCUCCGCCCGCCCAGGGGAGCCCGCGCCGGAUCUCCGCCCGCCCAUCGCCGGAGCUCCGCCCACCCAGGGGAGCUCACUCCGGAUCUCCGCCCGCCCAGCAGGGAGGCGCGGCGGCCGGCGGAGCUCGCAGUCCACGAGCAGGGGAGCGCGGCGGUGGCCUGAGCGGGGAGGCGCGACGGCCAACAAAGCUCGAGGCGGGGGUGAGGCGAGGUCGCUGGCGGGGCCGGCCUAG